AUGGCUGCAGCGAAGAGGAAUGUUGGACACGAUAAUGUUGGACACGAGAAUGUUGGACUCGAAAAUGUUGGACACGAUAAUGUUGGACACACGAGAAUGUUGGACACGAUAAUGUUGGACUUGAGAAUGUUGGACUCGAGAAUGUUGGAGUCGAGAAUGUUGGACUCGAGAAUGUUGGACUCGAGAAUGUUGGACUCGAGAAUGUUGGACACUCGAGAAUGUUGGACACUCGAAAAUGUCGGACACGAGAAUGUUGAACACGAGAAUGUUGGACACGAGAAUGUUUGA